GGGAUUUUAGUUGAGCUUCACGCCGCGCUCACCUUCAAUGGCGUUCAAAUUGUCUUUUCCCUUUCCCAUUUUCUCUCCUCAAUUUAGCCCUAAUUCAACUCCGUCGCACCGUCCUCUUACCGAAAUCCGAUUUUCCCGUUGGAACAAUGCAAACGCUGAGAAAUUCGAGCAGCGCCGACGGUCUCAGCAAGAAAUCGAGGAUGAAAUCCGCCGCGAGCGCCGCUUCGAUUCCGCCGCUAGAAUUACUGACCUCUGCGAUUCCAACUCGUCCACCUCCGCCAUUGACCGGACUGAAACGUUUAGGUCUGUCGGCACUCCAUCGUAUCCGUCGAGGCCUUCAAUCCCUGGUCGAAAAUCCAAGUACUCAAAAAACCCUAAUCCUGGUUCACCCCCUCCAUUUCGUCAAGUUUCGAAGACCAAAAAGACCAUGAGCGCACCUAAAGAAAUGCCUAUUGGCGUAGAAGCCAAAGUUAGCCUAAGUGAAGAUGGAGUUUCGUACGUAAUCGAUGGAGCUCCAUUUGAGUUCAAGUAUAGCUACACAGAAACGCCGAAGUUGAAGCCGAUAAAGCUGCGUGAACCGUAUGCCCCGUUUGGGCCAACGACAAUGCCGCGGCCGUGGACGGGGCGUGCUCCAUUGCCGCCAAGCCAGAAGAAUUUGCCGGAAUUCGACUCGUUUCAGCUGCCGCCGAAAAAUAAAAAAGGAGUUAAGACAGUUCAGGCACCAGGACCAUUCUUAGCAGGUUCGGGGCCCAAAUACGUGAUGUCGAGGGAAGAAAUAUUGGGUGAGCCGUUAACAGAGGAGGAGAUCAAGACGCUGAUUCGUGGGUGCAUCAAAUCUAAUAGGCAAUUGAAUAUUGGUAGAGAUGGUUUAACGCACAAUAUGUUGGAUAACAUACAUGCUCAUUGGAAACGGCGUAGAGUGUGCAAGAUAAAAUGCAAAGGAGUGUGUACGGUUGAUAUGGACAAUGUGAAACAGCAAUUGGAGGAAAAAACUGGGGGCAAAAUUAUCUAUAGUAGGGGUGGGGCAUUGUACCUUUAUCGAGGUAGAAAUUACAACUAUAAAACCCGUCCUCGUUUCCCUCUUAUGCUAUGGAAACCCGCUGCACCGGUGUACCCUCGGCUACUUAAGCAGGUCCCUGAUGGCCUAACACUGGAUGAAGUGACUGAAAUGCGUAAGAGGGGACGGAAAUUAAUACCAAUAUGCAAGCUAGGGAAAAAUGGUGUGUACUCUAACCUCGUAAAACAUGUUAGAGAGGCGUUCGAAGAGUGUGAACUUGUCAAGAUUAAUUGUCAAGGGCUGAACGAGAGCGACUUCAAGAAAAUCGGCGCGAAACUAAGGGAUCUUGUCCCUUGUGUUCUUAUUUCCUUUGAAAGCGAGCACAUUCUUUUGUGGAGAGGAAAAGAUUGGAAAUCCUCCCUUCCAUAUAUAGAAAGAAAUCCCGUGGGAGCGAAGGCACGUGGAACAAACGAGGGAACUAUUGCUGCACCAUCCAUUGAAGAACGAGAAGCGUCGGUUGAGGAUACGAGUCUGAUCGACCAUGAUUUGAUGUCUUUGGGUUCUGCAGGCCUCUCAGCUCGAGGAAACGAGGAGCUAGAUCCUUUGGUUGCCGAGAAAUCUGUCUCUGCCGAUGUUGAUUCAUUAACAGCAAUGAUGGGUGAAAGCAAUUCUCUAGCAGACGCAGACGAUAUGGAAGCUACAGGGUCAGAUGUUCAAGAAAUGAACACUGAUAGCACGUGUGAUGAUACUGAAUCGUCAAGCGCAAUGUCGGGAGGUGAGACUGAGACUGAGACUGAUUCAGGACAUGAAAACUCAGACUUUGAUGAAGCAGAACCAAUGGAACAAUCAAGAUUGAAUGCCAUUGCAGCUGCUGGAAACCUGGAGACUAAGCCAGCAAGUUACGCCAUGGAUGGAGUUCUUCAAUUAUUGAAGCAAGCGAUCGAAAAUGGCGGUGCCCUUGUCCUGGACGAUUCUUCAUUGGAUGCCGAUGUCGUUUAUCGUCGAGCAGUCGCCUUUUCUCAAUCUGCUCCUCCGGCGCCCGUUUUCAGGCACCAACCAAGGAAGAAGGUAGCAGUUGAUAAGGGUGAGGAGCAAACAAACAGAGAAUUGGAGGAAGUGAAAGAAGAGAGUGCAGUUUCAGUGGAGAGAGGAAGUGGGAAGAAGGAUUCUAAAACGAAAAAGAAGAAGAAUUUUGGUGAAUAUAAUUUCAGUUCGCCACAAGGAAGCUUAGGAGUGGAUGAACUUGCAAAGUUAUUGGCAUGACGUGUACAGGUCCAGGUUCAAACUUGAUUACUCAAUAAAAAUCCCUUUUAAUCCA